AAACCCUGUGCGCGCGCGCGUGCGCGAUCCAAAUGCCGACUUUCCUCGAAACGUAGAGGAGCAGUUCGGCUCACGGACCUGUACGAGGUCCUCCAGGUGGACAAGAGUGCCGAGGAAUCUGAUCUGAGACGCGCCUACCGCCGCCUGUCCCUGCGCGUCCACCCGGACCGCGCCAGUCCCGAGGAGGUGGCCUCUGCAACUGAAAAAUUCCAGACGCUGGGAAAGAUAUAUUCCAUACUGACCGACAAGGACAAGCGAGCCAUUUAUGAUGAGAAUGGCACAGUUGACGAGGAUAGCUCUAUUUUUGACCAGGAUAGAGAUUGGAGCGACUCUACUGGAGACUGCUGUUUCCCCAAGAUCACAGUGGAAGACAUCAAGUCAUUUGAGGACAAGUACAAAGCAGGAAGUAGACUCUGUGGCUUGUUCCCCCAGGUCCUCUGUUCCAGUGUGGAGGAUGAGCCUCGCUACACUGCCCUGCUGCAGGGCUGGAUUGCAGACGGGGCUCUGCCCGACUUUGAAAAGUUCUCGGCUGAACCGGAGAAGAGGAAGAGAAAGAGGAAGGCUAGGUUCGAGAAGGAAGCAAAGGAGGCAAAAAAGAUGAAACUUGACGGGGAAGAGUCGACUGCCGACUUGUCUGCUCUGAUUAAGGCAAAGCAAUCGUCACGUGGACAAGAAAUGGACAGUUUUUUCGACAAACUCGAGCAGAAGUAUGCCAGUGGAAGUGUCUCGGGGAAAUCUAAGAAACGAGCUGCUGCCAGCAAUGCCUCUGGGUCGGGUACAGGUGGCGGGAAAACAAGGAAGGGUAAAGGCAGAAGAAAAAAGUGAACAACACGUAACUAAAGUUUUAAAAAUGAAAUGUCUGUUACUUGAAUUGCCAUCUAAGCAUGGUCUUUACUUAAUGUUUUGUACUAGUGAGGCAUGCAUCAUAACCCACACAAAGGUUCAGUUUGUGAAAAGAUUUGUAUUCUAAUGUGAUUGAGUGAGUUUCUGUAAUUAUUAUCCCUCACUCUAUUCGUAUCAUCUGUGUUCUUGAUUGUAAUGCAUAUCAUUAUUGCCGCUUUUAUAUACAGCACACACAUGUACAAGGUUGUGAUGAGCUGUGAUUUUUAAAAGGUUUUUUCAUGAUAUGCAAAAUUUGCACUAGUUUUUUGAUCUGGACUUCAUAAAAGGUAAAAAUAAGUGAAAUGGUAGGGAAUGUAUAUUUACACAUGUGUGAUUAAUGAUGCGGUGAUGUGAUAUGAAUUUGACAAUCCUACUACACGUUAACAACAACCUAGCAAAGAAAAAUGACAGCGAACGAAACGGACAACAUGAGAAUUAAUCCGAGUGUGAGCAAAUGCUUACAUACGCGGAGGUAUGUCUGCAAACUGUUCACUGAAAAUUCCUAGAAUUGUCUACCAGUGAGUGUAUAUCUCGAGCCACAGGGGAGCAGUGGGUCGGUGGUGCGUUGGAAAACAGACUCUAAACCAUCUUCUAGUGGGACGACUGCAGCCGUGUGGGGCUCUGUGGGCAAGGACUCGACACUGGCAAUGCUGUUGAUGCUCUCGUUAAAGAGGCUGGCCACGUCGGCCAUGGUGGAGCAAGGUACGGCCCCCACCGGUUGAUGGCCGGAGGAAGAAGAAGACGAGGUGGAAGUGGUGGUGGUGAUGGUGUUUGCAAAGGAAUAGGUGUCUUGCUGUCCAAGCUGGGGUACAGAGGUGCAGACGGGGCUGGACGACGUGGGAGAGAAGAAGGAACGGUGUGCUGUAGCUGAAGGGGUGGAGGAGGGGGAAGGGGAGGAGGCGGGGCCUGCGGCAGCUUCACCAAAGUGGGUGGCAGCCGAGAUGUCCUCUGAAGUGACAGAGAGGAGGUCCUGGAUGGAGUCCAAGUCCUGCAUGUUGUCCAGCGGUGACGUCACGCUCGUGGGCGGGGACGGGUCGUAGAGGAAUUGCACAAAGUCCUGCUCGGACGGACUGGACAGGCUUGCAAGGCUGUCAAUCUCCAUGUCUCCCAGGAUGCUGUCGGGUAGACCGAGAACAGAGGAUGAGAGGAGAAUGUCCGGGUUGAGGUCGGGGUGCAGGGCCUCGGGAGACGGCGACCCGUAGCCAACCGAGUUGAAGUGCUUGAGACUGACGUUUCCGGCACUGUGGCUUGUGUGGAGCUGACUCGGUGACAGGAGGUCCCUGCUGCUCAUUUGGUAGCUGAAGAAAUCGGCCGGUUCGCUACUGCAGCGCACCUGAGUCGGAACGUCGGGGUCCACCCCACCACCGUUUGAGUCCAUGUUGUAACCCGGGGAAGUCACGCAUGAAACGUGGCUCGGAGAGCCCUCCUGUGACACUGACAUGGGUCUCUGUCCCUCCUCCUGUCCCCGCUUCAACUUGUUCAGAAUGUGCUCCCGGAAGGCCAGUAGGUUAGCCUUGUUCAUGGAGCGCGGCCACUGCGUUUUCUUCUUGUGGCCAGUCUUCAUGUCAGAGCCAGCCCCCACCCUCCCCACGGACUUGUGCUUGGAGGAAUAGGUCUUCACGGUGAUGGAUGCCUUGACCGAUGUCUUGCUCUGGACUACUAUUCCGUUGCUGUUCCCCGUCGUCUUUUGGUGAAAUUUAGACUUCGAUGAUGAUGUGGCAGUGGUGGUGUUUGCUGCGUUUGUUUCCUUCUGCCUCUGUCGUGCGGCGGCGAGGCCCUCCAGAUGCUGCGUGGCAAGGCAUCGGGCCGUCGAGACCAGAUCCGGAGUACCCAGUUUCUCCAGCUGCUGAGGGGUUAAACUGGUAACCAGGGAGUGUAGUCUGGGGAUGUCGUACGGUCCCUCUUUAACCUUCAUCUCGUGGAUACACACCUGCUGUGUCUGGUCACCCAGGACUGCAACUAGAGCAGUGCUUACGGCUACAACCACCACCGUAGGGUGGAGGUCGGAGGUCACCAGCUCUCGUAGUGGGGGUAGUUCGGAGCAGCUGGUGAGGAAGGCCUGAAGGUGUGUGUCAGAUGAUACUGCGGCGGGUUUCGAAUUAGGCAGAGUUGUGUUCAGAUGUUGACUCCCGCCGUUGGUAAAGGUGGCGGUUUGUGAGGUUGACUGGGAAUUCAUGUUGCAGGAGACCUGUGCCGCUUCGGGUAAAAUCUCGAGUUUUAUUGAAGAGGUGUUGGGGUAAUGUGCGGUUGGAGAGGCCGUGGGAGUCAGAGCUUGCCAGCAGGGACUAGUAUUGCCAGUUUUGUUGGCAUUCGGGCAGGAUUUGUGUUCAAUCUCCAUCUUGACCUCACUCACAGGACUGGUCUGAGUAGGGAGGAGAGGUGGUGGAGCGAGAACGAGUUGUGUUGCCUCUCCACCACUGCACUGAACCUGGCCGGAACCGGCCGUCGAGGUCUCGUUGAGAAUGUCUGGGAAAUCGAUAUCGUACGAUUCUGGUUGUUGCUGUUGUCUCAGCUCGGGGAGGACUCCGGCUGUGGGGAACUGUGUGAGAUGGAACUCUCUCUGGUGGUGCUGCGGUGUCGUCGGUGGCAUGGGGAAUCCGUUGUGGCCGCCGGGAAUCAUGUACGCCGCCGUCUCCCUGGUGGGGGGUAUGAUGGCAGGGCCUGUCGGGUGGUGGUGGUAAGAGGGGGUAGCGGGCGGGAAGAAGGCAAAAUCUCCAUCGGGACUGGUGGCUGAGGGAGGGAGAGGGGUGGUGGGGGUGUG